GCCGCAAGCGUCCUCCCGACCGUCCGGCGCUGCGCCUCGCUGCUGCUUGCUCUCCGGCAAUCCACGCUAGAUCCCGAAACUCCGGUGGAUAGCGUAGCGUUCUGCGACGUGGACUUUCCUAAACCGAAAGCGACAAGAGACCAGGUCGGCCAGGCGUGCUGCUGCUCGGCGGUGUUGCGUGCCCGGCGUGGUGUCCAGCGACGGCGUCAUCCCCGGAGGAGCGUCGCCGGCGUCGCGAGGAGCACGAGUACGGGCGUCGGCAGGAGGAGGAGCGAGGCCUGCGGCGGGCCCGGCUGGACUACGACCGGCAUGCGUCGAUGGACCUGAGCGUGCCCAAGAGGGCUGCGUCUCCGUGCUCGGCGCCCCAGCGCCCGCUCCUGGUGCCGGCCAUGGUCAGACACGUGCCCGGAUCGCCGCCGGCUUUCCCCUCGUCGGACUCGGCCGCCAGCCCCGGCGGCGGUGCGGCGUCUGCGGCGGCAGCCCUAGGCCCUGUGUACCUGGCCACGUCUCGACUGGGCGGCGACUCCAUGGGUCCCGGCCGGGUGCUCCCCGACCUGACGCCGUACUCGCUGCGGCCGUACGACUUCGCCCGGCACCUGCUCUCCUCGCAGAACGCCGUCAGCAAGAUCCUCGGGCGCUACUACGAGACGGGGUCUCUGCGCCCGGGCGUGAUCGGCGGCAGCAAGCCCAAGGUGGCCACGCCCGUGGUGGUGGCCAAGAUCGAGCAGUACAAGCGCGAGAACCCCACCAUCUUCGCCUGGGAGAUCCGCGAGAGGCUCAUCUCCGAAGGCGUGUGUAGCAACAACACCGCUCCCAGCGUGAGCUCCAUCAACCGGAUCCUGCGCAACCGGGCCGCCGAGCGAGCGGCUGCCGAGUUCGCCCGGGCCGCGGGCUACUCCAUGUACCACCCGUACGCGGCCGCGGCCAGCCUGUCCUGGCCGUCGCCCGCCGCGGCGGCUGCGGCGGCAGCGGCCGCGGCCGCCGGCGCGGGCCCCGCCGCGCUCUGGUCCCCGUUCCUGGCGGCGCCCAUGGGCAACAGCGGGCCGGGCUCCGGGCCGGGCCCCACGGGCUCCAGCCCCGCGCCCCCGGGGCCGGACCCGUCGGCGCUGGCCGCCGCCUUCAGGGCAAGAACCGCCGAUGAACUGGACAAGGACGGUCUGGGCGGCGCCGGGGACGAAGGCGGCAGCUCGGACUCCGCCGACCGGCCCAAGUUUCGGCGGAAUCGGACCACCUUCAGCCCGGACCAGCUCGAAGUGCUCGAGGAGGAGUUCGAGAAGACCCACUACCCCUGCGUGAGCACCCGGGAACGCCUGGCCGCCAAGACCAACCUGUCCGAGGCCAGGGUGCAGACGGGCGAAGUGGCGCCGGCACCAGCGCAUGAACCUGCUCAAGCCCGGAGCCGAAGUCCCGCCGUCGCCCAGCAGCUCGGCGCCGUCCUCUCCGGAACCCCCGCAGUGCGCCACGCCGCCGCUCGCUAGCCUGCAGGGCCAGCCCGGGCCCAGGCCCACGGCCCUGGUCCUGCCGCGCAUGGGCGGCGAGAACUCGGCCUUCUCCAACCCGGCGCCCCGCCUGCAGUCGUCCCAGCAGGGCCCCGCGGACGCC